GAAAAAUUUCGUAGUUUGGAGGGACGGCAAACCCGCCCCCAAUUCCGGCGAUCGCCGCCCUUGGUUAUCUUCCUUCUCCGGUGAUCGCCACCGCCAGGAUGGCCUCGGGAUCCCCGAAAUCUCGGGUCGAUCAGUUCUUCGGAUCAAGAAAGAGGAGACCUCAGUCUCUAAAGAGGAGAAGCCCCAUGAAAAUCUUAAGACCACGCCGGAGUCGUCCCCCAGCGGUAAGGGGCUCCCUUGAUUCCUAUCUCGUCAGAUCCCCUGACUCUCAGCGCCGGCUUGAUUUGGUGAAGAGGAAUAUCUCUUUGGAGAUUGGUCUGCCGUCUGAGACUGCGCAAAAGCCCGUUCUCCGUUCGUGCUCUUCUGAGAGAACCGAUGGCCGCGUUGGCGAACACGGAGAGCAGAUUCUUGAGAAGGAUGUUUCAGUAUGCGAGUCAAUAGCAGGCGGGACUUCGGAGCUCAAGAAGUUCGCCACUGAUUUCCUCUCUUUGUAUUGCAGUGAGGUUUUGCCUGUGGAACAAGAGCAGAAGGGGCAAAAAGAAAUGGAUGAUGCUCCUGUUCGUGAUGGUUCUGAAUGUUCAGAGUCAAAGACGAGUGUGAAAACCCAAAAAAUGAUUGAUUUUAGUGCCAGUAAACCCACAGUAAGCAUGAGGAGAUGCAGUGGCACACCAAAAGCUGGCUUGCAUGCACCUGGUAUGUUGAACACGCCUAGAUCAGUAAGCAGGAAGUCCUUAAUAUCCCCUGGGGAUGAGUUCUGGAAUGAAGCCUUUGAUGUUGCUGAUGGUUUUUACCAUCCCGUGGAUGAAGCUUCUUGUGCAAGGGGAGAAAGGGAGAAUGUCUGUCCUAUGGAUUUGUCAUCAUGUAUAGCUCCCAGUGGUGGUGGAAUAAUUUUGAGGUCUGAAAAUGGUGUACUGGAAACCCAAGGGGGUGAGGGUGAAAAAUGUGGUAUGCUCCUCAAUGGAAGUGACAAGUCACAAGCUGGUGUUCACAGGGGCAAGGUGUCCCCUUUGCCAGUGAAGCAUUUUGACUUUUCUCAUGAUGAAAAUAUCAUCAAGGAGAAAAAGUUCACCUUGGAGAGAUCUGAAACUCUUGAUGCUCUAACCAGUGGAGCAGUAGAUACCAGCUGUAUAAAUCAAAAUGAUGUUUCUACCUCAAGUUCUAAAAGAAAUCCUGAAACAGGUAUUGUGGGCAAUGCCUUUGAUAAGGCUAAACGGGACUCCAGGAAAGUGCAUGAGAUUUUGAAAGGUGCAUUUGACGCAAUUGAAGAAGUCAAUUUGUUGGUUCAAGAGAAUGAUGCUAAGUCUAAGGGCAAGGGUCUUAAUGCACAUGUUGGUGAAUCUUAUGUUGUUCGUGGUUCAUUUAGUGUAGAGGAAAGAAAGAUCAGAUCAAUCGCAUGCAAAACUAAUGACGCUACUGCCACUCCAUCAAGUUCUAUGCCUUUAAAAAACCAUUUGCAGCUAACAAGUUGGCUUCCUUCUGAAAUUUGCAGCAUAUAUAUGAAGAAAGGAAUAUCAAGUCUUUAUCCUUGGCAGGUUGAUUGCCUUACGGUUGAUGGGGUGUUGGAAAGACGAAAUCUUGUCUAUUGUGCGUCUACGAGUGCUGGCAAAAGUUUUGUGGCUGAAAUCUUGAUGCUGAGGAGAGUUGUAUUGACUGGAAAGAUUGCAAUUCUUGUCCUUCCUUAUGUAUCCAUAUGUGUUGAAAAAGGUGCCGAGCAUUUGGAGCUAGUACUUGAGCCUCUUGGAAAACAUGUUCGUAGCUUUUACGGUAACCAAGGGGGUGGGUCACUUCCUAAAGAUACCUCUGUGGCUGUAUGUACCAUAGAAAAGGCAAAUUCUUUGAUUAAUAAACUGCUAGAAGAAGGACGGCUCUCUGAAGUUGGCAUUAUUGUGAUAGAUGAACUUCACAUGGUUGGUGACCAGCAUAGAGGGUACCUCUUGGAGAUUAUGCUCACAAAGCUUCGCUAUGCUGCUGGAGAAGGAAACACUGAAUCAUCUAGUGGAGAGAGUUCAGACAGUAGCAAUAAAGCUGACCCAGCUCGUGGUUUGCAAAUUAUUGGAAUGAGCGCAACCAUGCCAAACGUAGCAGCUGUAGCUGAUUGGCUUCAGGCAGCACUUUACCAGACUGAUUUCCGACCUGUUCCUUUGGAGGAAUAUAUCAAAGUUGGCAAUACUAUUUUUGACAAAAAAUUGGAUGUUGUUAGGGUUUUACCAAAGACUUCUGAUUUUGGUGGUAAAGACCCAGACCAUAUUGUUGAACUAUGCAAUGAGGUUGUUCAAGAAGGUCAUUCAGUGCUUCUGUUCUGUUCUAGCAGGAAAGGAUGUGAAACCACGGCUAGACAUGUUUCCAAGUUUCUGAAAAAAUUUUCUGUUGCUACGCGAGAAGUUUGUGAAUUUAAUGACACAUCGUCUGCUAUUGAGGCCUUGAGGAAUUGUCCUGCAGGGUUGGACCCAGUGUUGGAGGAAACAAUACCUUCUGGUGUUGGCUACCAUCAUGCUGGCCUGACGGUUGAGGAAAGAGAGAUUGUUGAAACCUGUUACCGUAAAGGGCUGGUGCGUGUGCUGACAGCUACUUCAACUUUAGCUGCUGGAGUAAAUCUGCCAGCUAGGAGGGUGAUAUUUAGGCAACCAAGAGUUGGUCGAGAUUUUCUUGAUGGGACAAGAUAUAGACAGAUGGCUGGUCGUGCAGGCCGAACUGGAAUAGACACCAAAGGAGAGAGUAUACUUGUUUGCAAGCCUGACGAGUUGAAAAAAGUCUCUGCUAUACUCAAUGACAGCUGCCCACCACUGCAGUCUUGCCUCUCUGAAGAUAAAAAUGGGAUGAUUCAUGCUAUAUUGGAGGUUGUUGCUGGUGUUAUUGUUCAAACAGCAAGCGAUAUUCAUCGAUAUGUUAGAUGCACUCUUCUUAAUUCUACAAAACCAUUCCAAGAUGUUGUGAAAUCUGCCCAGGAUUCCCUACGAUGGUUAUGUCAUAACAAAUUUCUUGAAUGGAAUGAAGAAACUAGGUUAUAUAGUACAACACCUCUUGCAGGCAGCUUUGGCAGUUCUCUGAGCCCGGAAGAAUCACUUGUUGUGCUAGAGGAUCUUUUAAGAGCAAGGGAAGGUUUUGUUCUUGCAUCUGAUUUACAUCUAGUUUACUUGGUCACACCUAUCAAUGUUGAUAUUGAGCCAGAUUGGGAAUUAUAUUAUGAAAGAUUUAUGGAAUUAUCAGCUAUUGAUCAGGGGGUUGGCAAUCGGGUGGGAGUAGCAGAACCUUUUCUCAUGCGCAUGGCUCAUGGUGCUCCUGUUCCCUGGUCAGAACUGGGUGAGAGGGAAAAAGAAUGGGCCUUACAGCAGACUGCAAAAAGCGAGAUGUGCCCAAUAACAAGAUCCUGCUUUCUAGUGAACAAAACCCUUCGUGUGGCUAAACGCUUUUAUGUUGCUCUGAUGUUGUCAAGACUUGUACAGGAAGCUCCUGUUGCUGAUGUUUGUGAGGCCUUCAAAGUUGCUAGAGGCACUAUUCAGGGCUUACAAGAAAAUGCUGGCAGGUUUGCUUCAAUGGUAUCUCUCUUUUCUGGGAGACUUGGAUGGCAUGACCUCGAAGGUCUCGUUGCUAAGUUCCAAAAUCGAGUUUCAUUUGGUGUGAGAGCUGAGAUUGUGGAACUUACUAACAUUCCAUAUGUCAAGGGCUCACGAGCUAGAGCUCUUUUAUAAAAGCUGGUUUUGCGGACUCCUCUUGCUAUUGCUGAAGCUUCGGUUCCUGACAUUGUUAAAAAGCACUUUUUUGAGUAUUCUUCAUGGACAGAGGAAAAUUCAGCUCUCCGACGGGUGCAGCUGGGAGCUGCCAAAAAGAUUAAAAAUGCCGCACGUAAAGUUGUCCUUGAUCAAGCAGAGGAAGCUAGACUUGCUGCUUUCUCUACUUUCAAAUCACUUGGGAUUCAUAUGCCUCAAUUUUCUCGCCCUUUUCCUCCCAUUAAAGCUGAGGACUCUGCCAGUAGAGGAGCCAGCAUGGGCUCUUCUGGCGAAGAUGCUAUUUCUUGUGCUGAUAUUAGAGAACUCACAAAAAAUAGUCAUGUUUCCAUCCAACAAUCUGGCAUUGAUAGAAGUUUGUUGUGUGGUGAUUUCUGUCAAGCAGUAAUGGGAAACAACUUGAACAACCAUACUGAUGAUGCCUGUCAGGUUAUUACAGGAAACCAUUUGAACAACCAUACUGAUGAUGCUUGUCAAGCAAUUAUGGGAAACAAUUUAAUUGAGCAUACUGCUAAGAUUGAUGCCAAGGAAGUGAGGUCAACCAGAGCAAUGGAUAAUGACCAUAAGAAUGCCAAUGCUCAGCUAGUCAGAGAGGUUUGCUCUCCAACUGUUGGUCCUACUCAUGCAUUUGAUGCAAUGGAUAUAAAAGUAUCUCUUGCAUCUUCCUUUCCAGUGUUAAAUGAAGGUUCUACUUCUGGAGUAGAUGUAACUGAGGCUGGUAACAUGGGAGGACAUGUUGGGGGUGUAAGUGUUCCCAGCUGUCAUAGAAGCAACCUUUCUGACAAAGGACCAAUUAGCAUGAGCAAUUUUCAAGGUGGAUUUGAUUUCUUUUUGGACAAAUGGGAUGCAGUGAAGGAGUUUUAUUUUGAUGUUCACUUCACCAAGCACCUGGAAUUGAGCUCUUGUGUCCAAUUUGAGGUUUUUGGACUUGCCAUUUGCUGGAAAAAUUCACCAGUGUAUUAUAUCAAUCUCUACAAAGGAUUUGGUAGCUUCCGGGAAAACAAAAAUAAAUGCCUUACAGGGAGUUUAGCUGAUGAUGCAACCAAUGGUCUAGCAAUCAAUGAUAUGUGGGAGCUUGCUAGAUGUAGAUGGAACAAGAUAGCUAAGAUCAUGCAACAGAAUGGUGUGAGGAAAACUACAUGGAAUUUGAAAGUCCAGAUUCAGGUCCUCAAAAUUCCGAGCAUCUCUAUUCAGAGAUUCGGGAGGUUAUAUCAUGACCACAAAGACAUUGAUGGCAUUGAAGUGUUGUGUGGUUCAUAUUUAUUGCUGCCAUCAAUAUCAGUCUGUGAUGGAAUUGAUAUGUGCCUCAUAUCAUGGAUUCUUUGGCCUGAUGAAGAAAAGCAAAUCCAAUCAAAGUCUCGAAAAAGGUAUUUUGGAAACUUUUUGUUUCUAGUAAAAAAACGAAUGUCUAGCGAGGCAGCAGCAGCCGCUAAUCGUGAUAGUAGAUGGAAAAAUCAGAUGCAUAAAGCUGCACAUAAUGGCUGUUGCCGGCGAGUUGCUCAAACAAGAGCUCUAGAUUCUGUUUUGUGGAAACUGCUUGCUUCUGAAAAUCUUGUGGAGGCACUUACCAAUAUUGAGACCCCUUUGGUUAAAGUCCUUGCAGAUAUGGAGCUUUGGGGCAUAGGCAUUGACAUGGAAGCAUGCCUUCAUGCUAGGCACAUCUUGGUUAGGAAGCUUAAGGAACUUGAAGCAGAAGCUUACAGUCUUGCUGGCAUCCGUUUCUCACUUAGCACAGCUGCAGACAUUGCAAAUGUACUUUACAGACACUUGAAAUUGCCACUACCUGAAGGUUGUAAUAUAGGAAAACAACACCCUAGCACGGAUAAACGUUCCUUGGAUCUUUUAAGGAAUCAACAUCCUAUUAUUUCAGUGAUUAAAGAGCACCGAACCUUGGCAAAACUUUUGAAUAGCACGCUGGGAUCAAUUUGUUCACGAGCUCGCUUGUGUAUGAAAUCCCAUAGGUAUACUAUACAGGGGCACUGGCUUCAAACAUCGACUGCUACUGGACGUCUUUCUAUGGAGGAACCAAAUCUUCAGUGUGUUGAACAUGUGGUCUUCUUUAGAAGUUAUCAAUCUGAUGAACACGAGAAAAUUCCUCCAGAGAUCAAUUGUGAUCAUAUUAAUGCUCGUGAUUUCUUUAUUCCCACUCAAGACAACUGGUUGCUACUAACUGCUGACUACUCUCAAAUUGAACUGAGACUGAUGGCUCAUUUUUCCCAAGAUUCUUCACUGAUCGAUGUUCUUAGUAAGCCAGAUGGAGAUGUUUUUAUUAUGAUAGCAUCUAGGUGGACCAGUAAACAGGAAUGCAUGGUUAGUUCUCAGGAGAGAGAUCAGACGAAAAGACUGGUGUAUGGCAUCUUGUAUGGAAUGGGCGCUAACACUCUUGCAGAACAACUGGAAUGCAGCUCAGAAGAAGCUGCAGAAAAAAUUAAAAGCUUCAAGGUUUCUUUUCCUGGAGUGUCCUCUUGGCUUCAAGAAGUUGUUGCCUCUUGCCGCCACAAGGGGUAUGUGGAAACCUUGAAGGGAAGAAAACGGUUUUUGUCUAAAAUAAAGACCGGAAAUAAUAAAGAGAGAGCAAAAGCACAAAGACAAGCUGUAAAUUCUUUGUGUCAGGGAUCUGCUGCUGACAUAAUCAAGAUUGCAAUGAUAAAUAUUCACUCUGUUAUUUCUGAAGGAUAUGAGGCUCGUAAUCUGAUUAAUGGAGCUUCAACCAACUUCCCCAUGCUUAAAGGCAAUUGCCGAAUCAUUUUGCAGGUUCAUGAUGAGCUAGUGUUGGAAGUUGAUCCAAAAUUUAUAAAGGAGGCAGGAAAUUUGCUACAGAUGAGCAUGGAAAAAUGCUGCGUCUCUCUAGUUCCAUUGCGUGUAAAGUUGGAAGUUCGGAAAAACAUGGGGUUCACUGCAGCCUUUGUGGAAUCAACAGUUAUGGAUGACAAACCUGGAUAG